AUGCCUGAGCAGAGUAAUGACUAUCGGGUGGUGGUGUUCGGGGCUGGCGGAGUAGGCAAGAGCUCGCUGGUGCUGCGCUUCGUCAAGGGCACCUUCCGCGACACCUACAUCCCCACGGUGGAGGACACAUACACCCAGGUGAUAAGCUGUGACAAGAGCGUGUGCACGCUGCAGAUCACGGACACCACGGGCAGCCACCAGUUUCCCGCCAUGCAGCGGCUCUCCAUCUCCAAGGGACACGCCUUCAUCCUCGUCUACUCCAUCACCAGCAAGCAGUCGCUGGAGGAACUCAAACCCAUCUACCAGCAGGUGCUGGCCAUCAAGGGCAACGUGGAGAGCAUUCCCAUCAUGCUCGUAGGCAACAAGAUCGACGAGGAGCCGCAGCGCGAGGUGGCGACGCGGGACGGCGAGGCACAGGCGACGGCCUGGAAGUGCGCCUUCAUGGAGACCUCUGCCAAGACCAACUGCAACGUCAAGGAGCUCUUCCAGGAGCUGCUCAACCAGGACAAGAAGAGGAACAUGAGUCUCAACAUCGACGGCAAGCGCAGCAACAAGCAGAAGCGCACCGACAAGCUGAAGGGGAAAUGCACAGUGAUGUAG